GCCGGCCCCACCAUGCCCCAGCUCGGCGGCGGCGGCGGCGGUAGCGGCAGCGGGGGCAGCGGCGGGGGAGCAGGAGCCGGAGCCGGCGGCGGCGGCGGCGGCGGGGGCAGCGGCGGCGAUGACCUCGGGGCCAACGACGAGCUCAUCACCUUUCAGGACGAGGGCAGCGAGGAGCAAGAGCCGAGCAGCGACAGCGCCUCGGCCCAGCGGGACCUGGACGAGGUCAAGUCCUCGCUGGUCAACGAGUCGGAGAACCAGAGCAGUAGCUCGGACUCCGAGGCGGAGCGGCGCCCGCAGCCCCCCCGGGACCCUUUCCAGAAGCCGCGGGAAUACUUCGCUGAAGUGAGGAGGCCCCAGGAUGGCGCUUUCUUUAAGGGACCUCCUUACCCCGGCUACCCCUUACUGAUGAUCCCAGAUCUGAGCAGCCCCUACCUCCCCAACGGACCCCUGUCCCCCAGCGGCGCCCGCACGUACCUGCAGAUGAAAUGGCCCCUCAUCGAUGUCCCAUCAAGCACCACAGUGAAGGACACAAGGUCACCAUCCCCUGCACACUUGUCCAACAAAGUUCCCGUGGUCCAGCACCCUCACCAUAUGCACCCCCUGACUCCCCUCAUCACCUACAGCAAUGACCACUUUUCCCCUGGCUCCCCACCGGCACACCUCUCCCCGGAGAUCGAUCCAAAGACAGGAAUCCCCAGGCCACCUCAUCCUGCUGAGCUGUCACCUUAUUACCCGCUGUCUCCUGGAGCUGUUGGUCAGAUCCCCCAUCCACUGGGCUGGCUCGUCCCACAGCAAGGACAACCAAUGUACUCCAUCCCUCCCGGCGGCUUCCGGCACCCAUACCCAGCCCUUGCCAUGAAUGCUUCAAUGUCCAGUUUGGUUUCCAGUCGCUUCUCUCCACACAUGGUGGCCCCUUCCCACCAUGGUCUGCCCACAUCAGGGAUCCCCCAUCCGGCCAUUGUCUCACCCAUCGUCAAACAGGAGCCCACACCCCCCACCAUGAGCCCAUCCGUAAGCGCGAAAUCCCCAGUGACGGUGAAAAAGGAGGAAGAGAAGAAGCCCCAUGUGAAGAAGCCUCUCAAUGCCUUCAUGUUGUAUAUGAAGGAGAUGAGGGCCAAGGUGGUCGCCGAGUGUACGCUGAAAGAGAGCGCAGCUAUCAACCAGAUCCUAGGAAGAAGGUGGCAUUCGCUCUCGAGGGAAGAACAGGCCAAGUACUACGAGCUGGCCCGCAAAGAGAGGCAGCUUCACUCCCAGCUCUAUCCCACCUGGUCAGCGCGGGACAACUAUGGCAAGAAGAAGAAGAGAAAACGUGAGAAGCAGCUGUCACAGCCUCCACCGCAGCCGCAGCCGCAAGUUCAAGAGGCUGAAAGCGCCCUGGCCUCCAGGAACAAGAAGCCGUGUCUACACUACGCGCCACCGGAGAAGCCUUGCGACAGCCCCGCCUCCUCCCACGGGAGCAUGCUGGACUCCCCAGCCACCCCCUCCGCUGCGCUGGCCUCCCCAGCCGCCCCGGCAGCCACUCACUCGGAGCAAGCGCAGCCGCUGUCCCUCACCACCAAGCCCGAGGCCCGGGCCCAGCUGGCCCUCCACUCCGCCGCCUUCCUGUCCGCCAAGGCGGCCGCCGCCGCCAGCCCCCUGGGCAGCCAGCCCCCCCUCCUCUCCCGGCCCCUCCCCCUCAGCUCCAUGCCCACCACUCUGUUGACUUCCCCCCCUUCUUUCCAGGCUCCCCUCCAUGCCCUGCAGGCCCAGCCCCUCUCCUUGGUCACCAAACCUGCUCACUAAAGCCAGCCCGCCCCGUCUUCUCCUUGCUGCCAAGGGGCUCCUCCAGAAGUAGCGAUUCAGAACAAAUCAAAAGGAAACUUUAUUGGUCAAUAUUUGACCACUCUGGACUGUUCGGUAAAGUGUCUGGUAACAGCAGCGCUUUACUCUUUGUAGAUGUAAACGGUAGCUGAUUUCAAGAGCUUUUUUUUUUUUAAAUAAAAAAAAUUUUUAAAAGAAAAAAAAAAGAAGACAAGGAAAAAAAAAUCUGAAAAGUAGUUUGUUAUCCUCUCUGUCUAUGGUGGACUGACCUGUGCAGAGGAGACAUCUCUCUUGCCCCUAGUCCCAUCCCUCCGACCGCUAACCCCUCCUCCUCUCUCUGGUCUGCAUGUCUGUAGCCCCUACGACUCCUUACCUGGUUCCUCUCCCUGUUCCUCCCGAGUAUCCUUCUCUUCCCGUCCUCAGCUCUCAGUAUCCAAGAUACCUCAUGUCUCUACUCCCCCCGGCCUCGUCCUCUGCCUGGUGCUACGCCAUCCAUCGAGAAGCUGAAUUCUAAUGACUCCACUAGCAUCCCCCUGUCCUCAGUGGGAUUAUCUACUGGCUCCCACCCCCGCCCCGCCACCCCCUUUCAUCCUCAACCCCCAGUCUCAAUGACUAUGACAGGAAUCUCUUCCCUCUCCUCUUCCAGCAAGAGCAUUUGGCCCUAACCCUCAGUAUUUGGCGGUGUACAAAUGUGAGACACCUUCUCCAUAAAAAUGUCUGUAUCUUCUCUGUCUCCAUGACCAGUCCAAACCUCAUCCUCAUGGUCCCGGGGAAAGGAUUGGACCCCAAGUCCUGGCCCCUCGGUGAGGGCCGGUUAACAUAGUCUGCCAAAGUUUUGAGACCCUCCCUCUCAGCUCCCUACCCCCUACAUGCUUCUUUUUGUGUGUAUUUCUGUUUUGUUUUUAUGUCUUUGGAGCAAUUUGAACUCCCAGUUGUCACAUUAUUUUCACAAAAGAAAAUAAAAUUGCAGUUGCAAGAGCC